CUACCUGUAUUAAAAACGUCGUUAAAAUGCACAAUGUAAUUAUGUGCUCUCCCAGCCCACCCUGUUUCUGGAUCCUGGGCACUACUAAUCUCUUAGAAGAUUAUCCAGUGCGAGAGCGAUAUUUCCUGAUAGAAGACAUCAAUGAGGAGCGAUUGGGUGAUGCCAGUGGAGCAGACAAUGUCGAGACUUACAGUGACAAAGACACAGACCAAAGGAAUUCCCCAGACAUGAAUAAAGCCAAAAGCUGCUUUACUCCCGAAAGCCCUGAAAUCGUUUCAGUGGACGAAGUUGGUUAUGUGGCUCAGAAAAAUGGUGGAAGCACAGAGAGCCGACCAGACAGCCCCAAGUACCACGCAGAGCAGAACCAUCUCCUGAUAGAAGGUCCUUCUGGGACAGUUUCCUUACCUUUCAGUUUGAAAGCCAACAGACCUCCACUCGAAGUGUUGAAGAAGAUCUUCCCGAACCAGAAGCCAACUGUGCUCGAGCUGAUCCUGAAGGGGUGCGGCGGUGACCUGGUGAGUGCCGUUGAAGUUCUGUUGUCCAGUCGGUCCUCAGUAGCUAGUGGGGACAGAAACGCUGCAGAGUCUGAUGGCCUCGUUUUGCCUUCAAACGGGCACAUUUUUGAGCACACGCUGAGUUCAUACCCUAUCUCCUCCUCCAAGUGGUCCGUGGGCUCGGCGUUCAGGGUUCCCGACACCCUGAGGUUCUCUACUGAUUCCAGCAACGUUGUGCCAAAUCCUCUGGCUGUACCUUUGCAGCACCCUUUUCCUCAGCCCCCGCGCUACCCGCUGAUGCUGAGGAACACUUUGGCCAGGAAUCAGUCCAGCCCUUUCCUGCCUAACGACGUUACCCUGUGGAACACCAUGACGCUGCAGCAGCAGUACCAGCUGCGGUCCCAGUACGUCAGCCCUUUCUCCAGCAAUUCCACCAGCGUUUUCCGAAGUUCACCUGUCCUUCCUUCUCGCUCCUCGGAAGAUCCGAGGAUCUCCAUCCCUGAUGACGGAUGUCCUAUCGUGUCUAAGCAACCUAUUUAUACAGAAGAUGAGUAUGAAGAAAGGUCCGAUUCUUCUGACUCGAGAAUACUCAACACAUCUUCUUAGAUGACAUUGGGCAUGUGAUAACUAAGUGAUACUUGCAGUGCAGCUGAACUACUGGGCCCUAGGAGGAGGCACACAUUCUCUACGAAACCCUUGCAAUUGUAUUAAAAAGUGACUUUGCUUGGUAUUGUACUGUAGCAAUAAAAACAUAACUUAUUUAAUUUCUUGCACUUCACUGGAUAAUGCCAAAUAGCAA